AUGAGCGUUCAGGCCAACUCGCCGAAAGCAACGGAGACUGGGCCUGCAUUGGGAGGCUCCGCCGCUGCUCCCAGUGGACGGCCGCAGGUGGGCAAAGCGCCCAACUUCGCAUUGGCCUGGCAGUUUGUGUCCAGUCUCCAAGGCCAAGCUGGCGCAGUGCCCGGGCCUGGCCCGGGCCCGAAUCCUGGUCCCGGCCCUUCACUCUACCGCCCAGCCGGGUCUCCAGGGGUGCCGCGAGCAGGAUCCCCGCCGAUGAACCCGGGCAUGCGUUCCCCGCGGACGGCCUCGCCGCCGGUUGCUGCCAGGCCACCUCAGCGGUGCUCGCCGCCUGUCGGACGACUAGGACACACGGCACCAGCACCCCGGAACGGACAGAUGCCGCGGCCCAUGAUGGCAGGCCAGCCAGUGCAUCAAGGGCAACAGCCGGCUCCAGGGCAUCAAGCGCAAGUGGGCCAACCGCCAGGGCAGUUGCAACCUCCGCAGCCUCCGCAGCCUCCGCAGCCUCCGCAGCAGCUGCAGCCGCAAAACUCGCAGCAGGCUCUGUGGGGCUGGCGGCCGCUGGAAAUGUCGCCGCGCCUGCGGCAUGGGUCGCCUCAACAGGUUCGGAUGACUGACGCGCACUCGCCGAGACCGCAGCUCACCAGGCAUCAGUCGCAGCAGCAGGUCCGGAUGCCGAGCAAGGACGCGCAGCUCUCUCCCCGCAUGAUGCCCACGCGCCACCCCUCACCCCCGCCGCCGGAGACGGCCCGAGUCUCGCAGGGGCGGGAGCCAGCGGUGCCAGAGGAACCGCGAAUGGGCCAAAGCCAGAGGGAGCGCUUUGAGGAUCUCAGGUACACAGCCGCCACCGAGCCGGUCCAAACUCAGCUGCUGCAUUGCCAGGCCCGCAAGGAGGCCCCGCGGCCGGCGGCGGCGCUGGCGGCUCCGUCGCCGGCGACGUCCCCGGGCUCCGAUGCGACGCAGGUGCCCUCGCGAAGGGCCUCCAAUGCGACGCUCUCACCUCCACAGUCGCCUGCGCAGGCUUGGCGCCCUGUGGCAGCAUCCACGAUGCCGGCAGCGGCGCCGCCGGCCUUGCCUCCUUUGGCUGUGCCUCCUGCCAACGUGCCUCUGGUGCCUCCGGCACCGGCUCCGGCUCCAGCGCCGGCGCCGGCCCCCGCGCCGAUGCCUGCAGUGGCCAUGCACUCGCCGCGGGAAGCGGAAGACUUUGGAGCCGGACCAGCGGCCCUGCAACUCCUUUGGACGCUUCGCUGCACUUCUCCAGAGGUGCCUAUCACACAGCGAUCGCUGCUGCACCAGUGGGAAGCCGGGUGCGAACUUCCCGCUACCCAACGGGUGGGCAUGUUGUUCCAGAAGGACUUCUUCUCGGCACUUCUCGGCGAGGAGGCGUCGUCGGUGGACCGCGAGCAGUUCCAAAUCUGGGCAGUCGGAGAUGGCGAUGCAGAUGCUUAUCAGAGCUGCCGCUCUACGUGUUCCUUCUUCCUGACGAACUUCAGCUCCAACGGCACCAUGGUGAACAACCAACUGCUGUCCAUUGGCGGUGAGCAGGUGCCCCUCAAAGACGGGGACCGUGUGGUGCUGCGACGGGGCAUGGAGCCCUUGGCGGAGUUUCGAUUCGACCUCACCGGGUCCAUUCUGAAGGAGUUGGGUGCCUGGCUGCUGCCGGCCCGGCACUUGGCGCACCGCACCAAUGCGCCGACUCUCGCCUCGUUGCCUUCAGAGAUGGCCGAGCCCGCGCCGCCCACACCGCGGCAGGCGGUGCCCCUGGAUAGAGUCGGCGCCUUUGAGCGACAGGGAUCAUCCAGGAGCGGACUUCUUGCGCAUGUGGCACCAAACCCACAGCUUGGCACGGAGGGCGUGACCUUCCUGGGCGCGGAGAUGCUGCCGCUGAUGGCCCUCGAGCUGGGGGGCCAGGGUUUGCGGACCGAUCUGCGCAAGGAGGAGCUGCGGAUCGUCCAUGGCCCGGCAGCGAAGGCGGAGGGCCGGCCCGGAGCUCUGGGCAGCUGCCUGCCGCUGCUGCUGGGCCGAUCCCAGCAGCGGAGCUUUUGGCAGCGAGUGCUGUGCCCGGAUGCCUUCUACGCGCUGUCGCGGCAGCAUCUGCAGAUCGAGGUGGGAGAGGAGUUCACAGUGUCUGCCAAAAGCGCCAUGUUCCACGUGCGGAACCUGAGCACCUCAAAUCCCAUACGGAUCUGCAGGACCUUGGUGCCGGAGGACUUCCAAGCCGCAGUGCCCUUGUCGCUGGGCGAGCGCAGGCCGCUGCAGAACAGCGACAUCAUCGUGCUGAACCCUGUGCAGGGCUUCAGCCUUUGGCUCGUCUUCCGCGACCUUUGGGCGCAGGAGAGGGCCCAUCACGGCGGGGGCCCAUCGGCCAUGGUGGCCUUUGGCUUUGUGACUGGUGGCUUCAGCUCCACUCCCAACCUCACGACAGUGGCGAGUGUCACCUACAAGGCGGCCUUUUGCCAGGCUCCAAAGGUCACGAGCCGGCUGAUCAACGGUGCCAUGGAUCCGGAGGUGUACAAUAAAACGCUGCAGGCUGGGCUUGUGAAGAGCUUCCUAACGUUUGUGGGCUUGUCCAGGAAUGAACACCCCUCCUGA